AUGGUUUACAUAGAUGGGGCAAAGUUUUGGAAAGAUGGGAAAUAUUUGACAGGAUUUCCGAUAAUCCCAGGAGACGGCCAAAAGCAUAUUCUGAAGAGACUGCCGGGCUACAUGUCAGCCCAAAGGGCAGAGUUAGAAGCAGUAAAAUAUGUUUUAAAACAUUAUGAGCCUGUUAAUAUUUACAGUGACAGUGCCUAUGUGGUAAAUUCUUUACAUUUACAUAUGGUAUUUUGGGUCAGAAGGGGAUUCGUCGACAGUGUUGGAAAACCCCUCAAACAUGCUCCGGUUUUACAAGAAUUAUGGGCAUUGAUUACCCAAAAUGACUUACAAGGAAAAUUUAGUAUAGUAAAAAUUAAAGCGCAUCAGAGAUGUUACACAGAAGAGGCUAGAGAAAAUGCUUUGGCAGAUGCCAAUGCGAAACAAGCAGCUGAAUCAGUUGAGUGGUUGGAUCCACAUGAGUGUCUUGAAUAA